AGACGGCGCCGCGUACAUGCCGUCGUCGUCCGUGGCCUCGCCGAUCGAGGCAGACUACUCAUUAUCCACCGCAUGCCGGCCGCCAUGUGGCCUUGGCCGUUGGCGUCGUGGUCGUGGUCGUGGCAGUGGAGCUGGGCCGCCGCCGUGCUGGUGGGGGCGGCGUGCCUGUGCGUGCACGCGGCGGCGGAGGCGCUGUGGUUUCGUCCCCGGCGGCUGGAGCGGCACUUCGCGCGGCAGGGCGUGCGCGGUCCGGGCUACCGCUUCUUCGUCGGCAGCUCGAUCGAGCUGGUGAGGCUCAUGAUAGAUGCCGCGUCGCGGCCCAUGGCGCCGCCGGACUCCCACGACAUCCUCCCCAGGGUCCUCGCCUUCUACCACCAUUGGAGGAAGCUCUACGGUCCAAAGCAUCUGAUCUGGUUCGGGACCAAGGCGAGGCUGACGAUCAGCUCGCCGGAGCUGAUCCGGGAGGUGCUGCUGACGCGCGCGGAGCACUUCGACCGGUACGAGGCGCACCCGCUCAUCUGCCAGUUCGAGGGCUACGGCCUCAGCAACCUCCACGGAGACGCCUGGUCCCGCCACCGCCGCGUCCUCUCCCCCGCGUUCCACACCGACAACCUGAAGCGGCUCCUCCCCUUCGUCGCCGACACCGUGGGCCGCAUGCUCGACGACCUCGCGGCGGUCGCGUCCGGCAAUGCCGGUGGCGAGGCGGAGGUGGACGUGGUGGAGUGGUUCCAGCGCGUGCCGCAGGAGGUGAUCACGUUCGCGACGUUCGGGCGCCGGAACUACGAGGACGGCAGCGUGGUCUUCAAGCUCCAGGACGAGCUCGCCGGCCUCGCCGCCGACGCGCACAGCAAGGUGUUCAUCCCCGGGUACCGGUUCCUGCCGCUGAGGAGGAACAUGCGCGUGUGGCACCUGGUCAGAGAGAUCAGCAAGGGCCUCGCCGCGUUCAUCGCCAACCUGCAGCAGGCCAAGCCUGACGAUCAGGAGGACGGAAAAGGCGGGAUGAGGGACUUCAUGAGCUUCAUGGCGCCGGCCAUGACGCCUGAGGAGAUCAUCGAGGAGAGCAAGAACUUCUUCUUCGCUGGGAAGGAGACGCUGUCCAGCCUCCUCACCUGGGCCACCGUCGCCCUCUCCAUGCACCCGGAGUGGCAGGACCGCGCCCGCCAGGAGGUCCAUGCCGUCGUCGGCCGCCAUGACCUCCCCACAAAAGACCACCUCCCCAAGCUCAAAACCCUCGGAAUGAUCGUCAACGAGACGCUGAGGCUGUACCCGCCGGCGGUGGCAAUGAUACGGACGGCGAAGCAAGACGUGGAGCUGGGCGGAUGCGUGGUGCCGGCGGGGACGGAGCUGCUCAUACCGAUCCUGGCGGUGCACCACGACGAGGAGCACUGGGGCGCCGACGCCACGGAGUUCAACCCGGCGCGGUUCGGCGACGACCGGCCGCUGCGGCGGCACCAGAUGGCGUUCAUGCCGUUCGGAGGCGGCGAGCGGGUAUGCAUCGGGCAGAACCUGGCGCUGAUGGAGGCCAAGAUGGCCCUGGCCGUCGUGCUGCAGCGGUUCACAUUCCGGCUGUCGCCUUCAUACGUGCACGCGCCUCAAGUGCUCAUGAUUCUCCAACCGCAGCACGGCGCGCCGGUGAUCUUCCGACCGCUGUGACGACCCGACGCCGGACAAGGCCACUCCAUAGCUCAGCUCAGUAAAUCCAAGUCCUCCCACCUCAGUGUGAAUGUUAGUCGGAUUCAAUUGAUUCCUUCCUGUAAAUUAUCAUCCCCUCUUGUCAAGUCAAAAUGUAUAAAAGAAAGUAUACCAUACGUAGGCAACAACUGCCGGAUUACAAAGAGUCAGACGCAAUCAGUAGCUGUUCAUUCACAGCUUGACACACUUCUUCAGAGAUAUAUUUCAUUAGCCCAAU